CUCGAAGCCAUCAAAGGAAGGCUUUCAAUGAGUAUGGGUUUCGGAUUAGAUCAUGAAGGCUUAGCAGACACGAUCGUGUCACACGUGCAUGCACGCUCUCUCGACCGUGUCCCAAUUAUGCAGACCACGUCGCACUUCGCCUAUCAGGUUGAAUGGUCCCAUUCUUUUACAUUGAUGCAGCAGUUGUGACGCGUCGCUUUCGUGUAUGAUGACAAUGGCAGACGCACACCCAUCACCAUUUGGCAACCCAAGCGAGCUGCACGCCUCUGCAGCAUCUGUAGAAGUGGUUGCACCGCCAAGGUCGCCGGCAAAGCUGACCCGCCUCAUCGCAGUGGAGCGUGAGCCUGCAGUGAUCGACUCGCCGUUCGAAGAGGAUGUAGCGUCAUCCAUAAACAAUCGUCGCACGGCCGGUGCAUCAGCGGCUGCAGCCCAUACACUGGGCUCCUCAGCCGUAAGGUCCACAUACGAGGACGAAGAGGAAGACGACGGAGAUGGUGAAGAUGAUGUCUGCGUGGGACUCAUGCAGCUCUCACGUCACUCCGAUCAUGUUUCUGGAACUCUGGAAGAAGGUCAUCACCACGACUACCCGGGGUCCGUAUCGUCACAUGCUCAGCCUAAUGGCCGCAGAAGGAAAGGCAAGGACAGGGCAAGAGAUGCAGCUGACUCGGGCAUGUUUUCGCGAGCUCUAGGCCUCGGUCGCAAGGUCGCCCGGCGCAUUGAACGCGAGAGGGAGCACAUGGGCCUGAGCCAGUCUUCCCUCAGCGUAGCUCUACCUACUUCGGUCGGCGCCUCUCAACCCUUGUUUGAUGCAGACGAGACUUCUGCUGAGCAUCAGGCCGUCGGCGAAAUCACAGCACCGAUCCAUCCGAGGUCUCAAGUGGCUGUGUCCUCCCUGUCACCGCGUGAACGGGCUCUCUGGCAAUGGGCCAACAUCGAAGACCUCGAUGCUUUCUUGCAGGAGGCGUACACAUACUACAUUGGCAAAGGCGCGAUAUGCAUCGCUUUGGGCAAAGCUUUGAACCUGGUGACGGUCGCCUUUGUCCUUGGCUUCUCGACAUUCCUCUUCUCCUGCGUCGACUACAGUCACAUCGCCCAUGACGGCCAGCUCUCACAAGUAGUCGUGCCGCAAUGCUUCAGCCGCUUCUCGCCAUUCACCAAGCUUGCGUACUUGAUCUUCGGCGCUCUGUUCACUUGGCAGGUGGCCCGCUUUGCGAUUGGUCUGCCACGUCUUUGGGCCAUGCAGCGCUUCUACACGCACUUGCUAGACGUUCCGGACACCGACGUCGCCAGCAUCUCAUGGAAUGAGGUCGUGAACCGCAUGUCAACUUUGCGAGCAUCAAAUCCCAUCUCGUCGCUGGAGCCUCCAGAGGCUGAGACAUUCGAGGCAGCAGGUUCGAGCCAGGGUCAACGCCGGGCUCACAGCAUGGACGCACAUGAUGUAGCCAAUCGCAUCAUGCGGCAGGAGAACUAUCUCAUCGCACUGUUCAACAAGGAAGUCUUGGACAUUAACAUGCCAGUGUCGAUACCCUUGCUUUUCCGGCUCGGCAUCCUCGAUGAGCAGCCAGUACUCACAAAGAGCUUACAGUGGAAUCUGCAGUUUUGUCUUCUUGACUUUUUGUUCGACGAGCGAGGGCAGGUUCGCAAGCAAUUCGUGAGCGACAAGUACCGCAAGGAGCUCAUUGCAGGUCUGCGACGGCGAUUCUACUUCAUGGCGGUGUUGAAUGGCAUCUUUGCGCCUUUCAUCGUCAUGUACCUGCUGGUCUAUUCCUUCUUGCGUUAUUUCGAAGAAUACCACAAGGACCCAUCCAGCCUCGGGUCGCGACAGUACACUGAAUUCGCCCGAUGGAAAUUGCGAGAGUUCAAUGAGUUGCCGCAUUUAUUCAAGCGACGAUGCUAUCGCUCAUAUCCGCAUGCUCAGCGGUACAUCAACCAGUUCCCUAAAGAGAGAACUGCGAUUCUCGCGCGUUUUGUCGCUUUCAUCGCCGGUUCUUUUACUGCUGUCCUGCUUUUUGCUUCCCUUAUCGAUCCCGAUCUCUUUCUGCACUUUGACAUCACUCCGCAACGCAAUGUCCUCUUUUAUGUUGGGAUCUUUGGUGCGAUUACGGCCGUCGCGAGAGGCAUGAUCCCAGGCGAGCACCUCGUGUUCGACCCGGAGAGCACAUUGAGGGAAGUCAUUGACGAAACGCACUACCAACCAUCGCAUUGGCAGGGAAGGUUGCAUUCCGCCGAGGUGCACGCGGAAUUCGGCACCCUCUACCCACUUAAGCUGUCCAUUUUCUUUCGGGAGCUGCUCUCGGUCAUCCUGACGCCAUUUAUCCUCUGGCGGUCCCUUCCCAAGAGCGCGCCAGCGAUUAUCGACUUCUUUCGCGAGUUCACAGUCCAUGUUGAUGGGCUUGGCUACGUCUGCUCUUUUGCCGUAUUCAACUUCGACCGACACGGAAAUGCGCACUUCGGCGCACCUACGGCAGCUGCGGACCAGCGCAUGGCAUCGAGGGAAGGGAAAAUGGAGCAGUCUUUCCUCAACUUCAAGGCGACGCAUCCUGACUGGCAACCGCAAGACCCUUCCGCGACAUUGUACCUGUCACGAAUGGUUGACCUUGCGUCGCAGCAAGUUGGUGUCCACUCGCGCGGCCGAGAUCUCUCGAUGAGUCCACGUCGUGAACCGGGCCUACCCUUUACGCCCGUCAAUUCGGUGCUGGCGGCUCGCUCCCAGUUUUACGACGAUGCGUUCAUGCGCUCGAUCAGCCUCGCCAAACAGCCGAAUGUAUCGAUUCUUGCGGCAAGUGCAACGAAGGCAGGCCAGCGAGGCGCCCGGCAGCAUGGGCAGUCGACUCAAUCGCGACCGCUGCAGGCUGUUACUGAAAGUGAAGCAAGCUUGGACGGCGAUUUUGAGGAUGCAGCCGUACCUUCAAUCACACACGAGGGUGAUGGCCUUGGGCCCCCUACGGUCUCGACCUCAGACGUGAGUCAGCAAGCCGGAGUCCGGGGACUCUUGGAUCAUCUCUAUCAGGGAGGACAUCCGGGCGGUCCCUGGUGAAAUGUGAUGAUUUUUCUCAUUUGUAGCAUAGCCGCCGAUAUUGUGUAAAAAUACAGGUG